CUUUUUACUUUUCGUUUUUGUUUUGCUCGUCUUCCCCUUUUGAAAGGCCUUUUCUUUUAUCAAACAAGCUUUUUUAAUUUAUAUCUCAUUAGAUAGAAAACGACAUCCACACCUGACUAUAAACCGAUAGAGACACGAACGAGAUGCGUAGACCACCCACACAUCGAAUAUUCCGUAGUGCUGUGCUUUCACUAUUGAUGGCUCUCCCGUUCAGCACGAUGGUUCAUGCACGUUAUCUAAAUUUAACCGUUCUCUCACCAAAGCCACAUGAAUUGUAUCAUCCUGGAGAGGAUAUAUCUUUGGAAUAUGUUCCUUUAGACGAUACAAUGGAGCAAUUGAAUAUUUAUUUAGAUAUGUUUGGUAAAGUGACACAACGCCUCUAUGUCAAAUUAGUGGCAGAUAUUUCCCAGCAUCCUUCUGGCAAUUAUAAAGUGAAUGGACAGUCCUAUCCAAAGUAUUCUUAUACAUACCACCUACCUACCCACUUGCCUAUCACAGAUGAAGCAUUCCAGGUUACUUUUGAAACGGCUCAUGGUGAAGUCUUGAUACCCAUUUAUAUACAAAGUCCACCCGCCAGCGUAGAUCAAAAGGGCUCAACAAUACCAUCUGUCCCUUCGUCGAGUAAGAUGCCACCGAGUGGCAGCCGUAGUGGAGAAGCAGAUUGGAAGACUCCACUCUUAGCGCAUGCAACAUUGCCAAGCACGAGUAUUUUACCGACAGCGACUCUUCAUAGUAGUGACAGAAAUACCAAUGACCAGACACCGGGCACAUUAUUCAGCCGCACUACGAAUGCGAUAGCGACACCAGCAUCAUCUCAGUCGAAACGGGUGGUUACUGUCACAACCACCAUUGUCAUUACGCCCCACAAGCCAACACCUACCGCUCUGUCGAGUGGAUCCUAUCCAUCGUCGUCUUCCUCCUCCUCCUCUAUACUCCCCAGCUCUUCUUCGUCAUCAGCAACGUCUACCGCAACGAUGACUGCGAGUACAACGCCUACUCCACCGGAUAAAGACUCUUUUAUUCGUCAUCCUUCCGCGGCGGUGAGGACACACAGGAUGACAGACAAAAAGGAUCGGACGCUGAUGGCUUCCUUGAUCACACUUUUACUCGCGCGAUUAUUAUUCGUGACCUUAUUAUAGACUGACUCCAUCACAUGUGGUGUACUCAUUUAAUUAUUAUUUUUACAGUUUAUCUAUUACCCGUAUUCUCUCUUUACGCACUGUUUUUUUUAAACCAAACAAUUACUUUCAUCCUCAUUUUUUUUUUAUUCACAACUCAUUUAAAGAACGGAUGCAGUAAGAAACUCCAAGGAACAUGCAUAGAAGCAAACCUUUAAGCUCUUUUUGCAAUUAUUUAAUAAAAGAAAAAAAAAAAAAAAAAAAAAA